CAGAGGUCCAAAACACAUCAAAUUUUUAGAUUGCAUUUACGGAAACCUUAUAGCUGUCGAAGGAUCCGCUGCCGCUACAACUCUGAGCAAUCGGUUCUAAAUCUAAUCUUCUCCACGUGAGUCUUUAAAGCUUCGAAAUUUAAACUGAAGCUUUGGACAGUGCUCCAUCUUUUUUUCUUCAAUACACCCUGCCAUCCAGGUAAUCCGUAAUCUCUAUGGACUAUGGUGAUUUGGCUUAAUUUGUAUGUUUGAGAUGCUUAGUAUUCACUUAAAAGGAUGAGAGCACCAGAUGUAAUGGUCAAUUGGACGCCAUAGUUUCACAUAAAACGAGUUGAAUUGUGCUGAUUAUUUGUUUGUAAUUAUACUCCAUAUUUGUUAUUUUAGUUCACCUCAAGAAGUUGCUUCCGAUUAGUUUAUUACUACCUCCGUUACACUAGAUUGGGACACGAGGAUUUGUUAUUAAGAGAAGUGAUUUAUAGGGUUGAUAUUGAAUUGAUAAAGUAAGAAUAAAAUAAAAAUGAUUUAGAACUACAUAUAUUUUACCCAAUUUGACAUGUGAUAAUAUUAGUGGGACGGAACGAAAACGAAAUAUGAGACAAUCUUAGUGGGACUGAGAGAGUAUUUACUAAUAUUACUAGUACAUUGAGAGCCCAUUUGGUAGCACGAAAGUCAACUGUUUUGGUUGAUUCUGCUCAAAUUUAUGAUGUUCUGGUUGAAGUGGUUGCAUUGGUUGAUUCUGCUGAUUUAAGAAAAAAAUAUUUUUAAAAUAUAUUUUACUAAUAAAAUAAAGAAAAAAUAAGAUGUAAUAAUAACUGAUAUGGUCAUCUACAGUAACUUCAGCCUAUACAGCCAGAAAAGUAACUCCAACCUUACCUUUUCUGCGUAUUACACAAUUCAGCGCGCGAAAACAAAAGUUACGUGUUUGGUUACAUCUACAGUAGCUCUAACAUACUUUUUAUUAAAAAAAUCAUUUGUACAUACAUGACCCUUUAAAUCCGCUACACACUAAAUUUACACAAUGGUGGAAAAUAAUUUUGGUUUUAUGAAUGAACUGCUCUAAAAAGCUAAGAAGUAUGGGAAAAUUUCCGAAAUAGGGGUAAAAACGUUUUGUAAUUCCAAAAUAAGACUGUUAUGUUUAUUAUUAUCUAAAUGGGAGUAAUUAUCGUUAAGUUUGAAAAUCAUUGCUGUGUGUAGGGGUGUGCACCGGUCCAAAACCGGACCGGACCGGACCGGAACCGGUUAGGACCGGAACCGGAAUAAUCAUUUUCUAUGGACCGAAGACCGGACCUGAAUCUAACCGGUCCGGACCGGUCCGGACCUGAAUUUUCCGGUCCGGUCCGGGUUUGACCCUAAUUGACCCGGUUUUAAAAAAAGACAUAUGGAGUAUUAUCUUAGAGUGUUCUUAGCUGACCCCAAAUUUUUUAGGAAUAAGACUUGGAUGUUGUUGUUGUUGUUUCAAACUAUAAUUUUAUAUGCAGAUAUGCUAAAUAGACUAAAUAAUUGUUUAGCUCAUUUAUUAAUUUUGGAAUAUAGUCAUCAAAACUAUUCAAUUGUAACAAUUAGUAUCCCACAAUAAUUAAAACUACAAUCUUUUGUGUACUAAAUUGGCAAAAUUUAUUGUGGGGUAAUAAAAACUAAAUUACGUCCAAAAAUAAACUACAUAUAAACUACAUACACACCUGCAAAUAAAGAAACAAAUAAAAAGCGAUUUGAAAAAAUCAAACAAAUAUAAACUACGAUCAAUAAAAAACUUAGGACCUGCUACAUAAAAAAAAUUAUAAACAACUUAGGAAAUAAUUAGACACCAAAUACACACUCCGUAUAUAUUCGUGUAUAUAACAAAAGGCAAAAAUAAGCCAUAAACAUAGUAGUAAGCCAAAUAUAAGUUGACUAAUGAUUCAAAACGAAGUAUAUAUUUUAUGGAACAAUAGGUUACCGGUCUAUUCCGGUCCGGACCUGUUUUUUCCGGGUUUGACCCGGACCGGACCGAAAACCCGGAAUCUUGAAAAACUAAGGACCGAAACCCGGACCGGGUCAUUCCGGUCCGGUUCAGGUCUAAAAUACGGUCCGACCCGGUUAAUGCACAGCCCUAGCUGUGUGUGAAACUUGGUAAUGUCAAAACACAGCAAUAACCACUCAUGUUCUGGGAAAUAAAAGCAUGACAAUCUAUUUUGGGAUUCACAAACUUUUUUUUUCCUAUUAAGGGCAAUUUCAUAAAAAGCAUUUAUACAUUAAAGUCUAAGAAAUGGAAAAUCAAAUGAAAAUUAUUUGAUAAUAAAAUAUCUUAAAAUUUUAUCAAAUUAUUUGAAGAUAGAGAGUCUAAAAGGUACACAUUCACGGAUACAGUCUAAAUAACUCAUAUCUAAUUUAACUGCAUGAAUCUUAUCGAAAUAAAUAAAUAAUUUUUGAAUUACACUUUUUGUCUACCAAGAGUUUUAAAUAUUACAAUAGUAUGCAUAAGAUUAUUUACUUUUAGUACUCCCUCCAUUCUUCUAAGAUUGUUCCAUCUUUUUUUUCCUGGUCUGUAACACUAAGAUCGUCUCAUAUCAGAUUUGGUAAAAUUUGUGGUUAAAUCAUUCAAAAAAAAAUCAUUCAUAAUGAUUUUUUUUUACUUUGUCAAUUCAAUAUCAACCACAUAAAUCACUUUUCUUUAUAACCGUACACCUCCUCAUGUCUCAAUGUUAGUGGGACGGAAGUAGUAUAAUAUUACACCUUCUGUCCCUAAAACUUUGUCAACUUUCCUCUUUUGGUUGUCCUACUAACAUUGUCACUUCCCCCUAUAAUUAUUUCCUCAACCACACAACUUGUACUUUAUUAUUUCCCUUGCCAGUCAAACAUUGCCAAGUUUUAAGGGACAUAGGAGUAUGUUGCUAAUUCACAUAGAUGAUACAUCCUAAAUAACUCAUUUCUAAUUUAACUGCAUGAAUCCUAUCAAAAGAAAUAAAUAAUUUUUGAAUUACACUUUUUGUCUACCAAAAGUUUUUAAUAUUACAAUAAUAUGCAUAAGAUUAUUUACUUUUAGUACUCGCCCAUUCUUCUAAGAUUGUCUCAUCCUUUUUUUCCGGUCCGUACCACUAAGAUCGUCUCAUAUCAGAUUUGGUAAAAUUUGUGUGGUUCUAAAUUAUUCAUAAUGUUUUAUUACUUUGUCAAUUCAAUAUCAACCACAUAAAUCACUUUUCUUAAUAACCGUACACCUCCUCAUGUCUCAAUGGUAGUGGGAUGGAGGUAGUAUAAUAUUACACCUUCCGCCCCUAAAAUUUUGUCAACUUUCCUCUUUUGGUUGUCCUACUAACAUUGCCAUUUUCUCCUUUAAUUAUUUCCUCAACCACACAAAUUUUACUUUAUUAUUUCCCUUUAAUUAAUCUAAUUCACAUAAAUGAUGCAUAACAUGUUUGUACUUUGUAUUAAUGCUAGAAUAAGUUAAAUUUAUUAUUUAUGCAUAAUGUCUUUUAAAAAAGUAAGAAAUAAAUGAAUUGUGUAAUUUUAAUGUCCCACACACAUUUAUAUUUUAAAUUCACUUCACAUUAUCUCAAAACUAUUUAACUAGGGUGUUUGUUAUUUUAAAAAAUGGAAUACUAAAUAUCUAAUAAAGAUAAAUUGACAUUAUAAAACUAGGAUUUUUUAUUAUAGAAUAAGUAUCCUAACUCUUAAACCAAUGAGUUAUUGUAUUGUUUAUUUGUCCAAGUAAAGACAAACUAUUUAAGAUGUUUCUAAUUUUACAUCUCCUAUUAUGUACUGACUCCGAUCCUAAAUUAACUUUACACUUUUCUUUUUGGAUAUGCCUAAAAUAAACUUCACACUUCUAUUUUUGGAUAUGUCUAAAAUAAACUUCACACUUCCUUUUUAGAUGUGUCUAAAAUAAACUUCACACUUCUAUUAGAUGUGGAAAUGAAUGCUCAAGAUUCAUUCUCACUUUGCAUGUGAAGACCUCUUUGUAUUUGAAUCAUCCCUUAUAUAUGUGUGUGUGUUAACAUAUAUGGAGUAUAUGGUAUUAUUUUUGUAAACAUUGUAAAAAAAAUCACACACAAUUUUGCUGGUAAAAGUGAACCAUAGGAAAAAAUUGUCGGUCGUUAAAAUAAAAAAUUUCGUACUACAAAAGUCUAACACAGAUAGAAAAUGUUUUCAAACAAGUUAAAAAAUCUAUACUUUUUGCAAAUAUUUACAAAAUAUUUCAUAUUAACAAUUUUUUCCUAUAUAAUGUUAGGCGACGGAAUAAAUGUCAUUCCAAAAAAAGUGAUUUUAUAUACAACAAAUGUCUGCAGAAGAAAAUAUAUUUUGAGAGUGCCAAAAAACAGUCUAAUUUUUGUAAACAUUUUAAAGUCACAUUAGGUAGCAGUGACAGUGCUAAUAAAUAUUUGGCCCUUGCAAAACGUUUGAGGCACUGCCAGAGAUCUAUUAUCUCUAAAAACGAAUUUUUCUACUUGCAUUGUUGUCUAAUCUCUUAUUGUAGAAAAAUAAUUGUAUCAUUGAAAAAUAGACAUACUAUAAAGGAUUUUAAAAAAUAAUUGUAUUUUUUGGCAAAGAACAUUUUCCUAUAAAAUAAGGUGACUGGUACGAAACGUAUUCCGAAAAAAUACAAUUGUUUUCUAUGAUAGACAUUUAUAGCCUGUAAAAAGUUUAUGAUAUAAAAAGUUUACAAUUUUUUAAUCUGUUUGAAAAUAUUUUUUAUCGAUGAUAGACGUUCAUAGCCUUUAAAAAUGAAUUUUUCCGAUUGACGUUUAUUGUCAGUGUCUUACUUUUACCCGAAAAAAUUAUGGUACAAAGUAUUUUGACAAUGUGGAAAAGAGCGAUACAAUUUUUUGGUCAUUUUUUGGAACAUUUAUUGUCUGUCUCAGAAAUAUAUGUCUAGAGGAUUGUAUUUUUCGAUCGAAUUCUUUUAUUCGUGGUGUGAUUUUAGUGACAAAAUUAUCGGUGUGAUUUUAAAAAAAUAUUAUUAUUUUUUCCCCUGAAUCUGAAACUAUAACUCCACCCGUGUCAAAAGUUGUAAAAGUUAACGGUGUUAGUUUUGAUUUGUCAGCGAGGACUACAUUUACAACAACUCAGACAACCGAAGGGUGACAUUUACAUACUCAAAAACACGGGGACAACAUUUCAAUAUGGUUUAUUUGAGAAAUAAAUUUUUCAAAAUUUUUUCCUUCUUCUUGAUGUGCAAUAUUAACUUAAGAAUAUUUUUCAGAAAUAAAUUUACUUGUUAUUGGGUGUGUUAUUCUUGUUGCCUUGGAACCUAAAACCUCUUUACUAGGCACUUGCAUGCCUAUUUUAAGAUUUUCAUUAUGAGUUGAACUUAAAUGCCUUGUCUACUAUUUUCUUAUGCUUGGAUUUUUCAUAGUAUUUGCACAUUGGAUGCGUGGAAUGAUGGUAUCUUUGACAAAAAUGUCACUCUUAAUGAUAUGAACUUUGAAUAUCUUUCAGUAGCCACAAAGUAAAUCUAUGUUCAUUUUGGGGAUUACACAAAAUUGUAGGAACCGAAAAAGGUAAUAACCAAACAGUCUUGACUUUGUUUGGUUCUAAAAACGGUUCUGCAUUUUUUAUCAGGACCGAACCAGAUUUUAAAACAGCAUUUUUAAUAAUCUCAGGCUUGAUCGUACCCGAUCUAAUAAUCCAUGCAAAAAGUCAAUAGGUGAGACAGUAGGAAAAACCAAUCCUAAUGUAAUUAGAGGAAAACCUCUUGCUUUGUUUUUAAUAUAAUUACUACCGGUGGGCGUAGCUCAACUGGUAGUGAGGGAGUGCCACAAGGGUUAAGUCUCGGGUUCGAAUCCCGGCAACUGCGAUAAGGGGUUAGUAUGCUGAAAAAUGCAUAGGGCCUCUGCAAGUACCGGGGACGGAACCCCACUCUCUAUCUGUCAGGUUGUGAUUAUAGUCCAACUUACAUCCUCUCAUCGUGCUGUCCGGUCGGUGUUGGGGGCCCUCAGGGAUGGGGUGCCAUCUUUUUUUUUUAAAAUAUAAUGGCAUACCUAAGAAGGCAACCUCCUGAAAACGCUGCAGGGAACAAAGAGGUAACUUUUUCUGCAGGAAAAAGUUCAGUACUUUUUCUUCAAAAAAGAUUGGACUAGGUGAUUGCCCAAUUUUCUUCAAAAAGAAGGUAGAUAUAGUUGAUAGUGGCUUCAGUUUUUCAUCUCUAUUGAUUCUUUUGAUCUAUUGAAUCCCUAGCAGCGGAAUUAUAUCUCUGUAGAUAUUGUUUUGGAGUCGAAAGAUUCGUUCUUUGAUGGGUGGGAAUAGUGUCAUUUGUGAUUCCAGGUUUCAACUAAAGAAGGUCAGCUCUCAGAAAAACUGCCCCCUUUGUUGUCCUAAAAACUAAAAGAGACUUCUGCGUUUUUAUUUUUGGUGGUGCACACCGGUAGGCCAAAUCACCGAAUUGGUAAAAUUAAAGGGUGAAACCUAGAUCCUCUAAGUGUUGCACCAGAGACAUUUUUAGUAUAACUUUUUUACCAAAUUGGAAAAAACCCUUUUAGUAUAACAUUUUUAGUAUAACUUUUUUUGCCAGAGAUAAAUUGGCAAAAAAAACAAGAAGCAUUAGUGACAACUUGGUCAAUUUUUUGUGAGUUACACUUCUGGUCCUCACUCUAGAAUUCCAGUAUUGUGAAAUUUACAUUUUCAAUCCUUCUACUUUGAUUUUAUUUGAAAAGUGAAGGGCUAAUUAUGUCAACGAGUGUGUUUGAUAAUCAGCAGUUGGCUGCUAGCUAAUAGCCCGUUGAAUCGGUAGAUUGCUAUUAGCGGUUUCAGUGAGCCUUUUUUAACUAACCACUUUCAUCAGCGUUUUGAAAUAAAAUGUUAGUAAAUUAAUGAUUUGCGAUUAGCGUUAGUAAAUUAAUGGUUUGCGAUUAGCGAUUAAGAUGUAAAAUGACCAUUAAGAAUAUGAAUUCAAAAGUGUAUAUAUUUAACUUAACUUUAUUUCUUUAUUUUUAAUAAGUCUUGGAAAAUGUUUUAAAAAUUAUAUUUACGUUUAUUUUAAAUAACUACUAUUAUCAUUUUUAACAUACUGUUUUUUUUACAAUAUGUCUCCGUUUUUUAUUAUCAAUUUGGUAAAUCACCCUUUUUCCUACCAAUUUGGUUAUUUAGCCCACACCGGUCUCUUCAAUGUGCCUCAAACUAAUUUAUGUUAACUUUUUUGUAAAACUUUUUUUAAAACUAAUUUAUUUUUGGGGGAGAAAUGUGAGACAUAUUUGGGUGUGUCAAGGUUAUAAUUAUACUAGCUACUCUUUUAGGUUCAAUAUGGUUUGGCUGAGUGUGACAUUUGGCCUCAGUUGAGUACACCGACAAAAUCUUGUAUUCUAUUAUAUAUUUGUUUUGUUCGGUGUUACAGUGUGCUGCUGAGAGAUUUGACACUUAUAAUUGUAUAAGUCGCCUUCCAGAUGACAUUCUCAUUGUGAUAUUAUCUUCCCUUCCGCUGAAGGAAGCUGGGCGCACGAGUGUUCUUUCACUUCGUUGGAAGAACUUGUGGAAACAAACAACGUGCCUCAAUUUUGAUGGCAGCAGUACAUUGGACAAGAUUGCUCAAGAUGACAAGCUACGUAGUGAAGAGAGGCGCAAGUACGUAAGAUGGGUGAACUCUGUCCUGAAAUCUGCACCACGCAAAGGGGCGCUCACCUUGGAACACUUCAGGAUCUGUUUUGAUAUAGGAAAAGCAUUCUCUGGGACCAUUACGAAGUGGCUUAAAUUUGCUUUUAAGAGACGGGUUGAGAGCUUGGAGUUGAACCUUCUGGAAUAUGGCGAUUAUGAAUCAUUGAAACCAUAUGUCUUCCCUGAAGACAUCUUGUUCCGAAACAGCAGUGACAUCCCUCACCAAACUACUACUCUUUUCAACUUCAAUUCCCUGAAAGCGCUAUGUUUGAAGAAUGUUUUGAUCAGUGAAGAAGCUAUUGAGUUUUUCUUGCGGAACUGUACAUCACUGGAGCAAUUAGUUCUUCAAUACAUAGAUCAAUUAUCAAAUCUCGAAGUUUGUGGUCCAUCCCUUGUGUUAAAAAGUUUGGAUACAAGGUAUAGCUAUGAUUUGGUAUCCAUUAAGGUGUCCGCACCAAACCUUACUUCACUUGCAGUUUCGACACUAAAAGGACUCGUGCUCGAGAAUGUUCCAAUGCUUGUAGAUUUAGAUGUCCUCUGCCGGAAUAUUAAAAUGCCAUUAAAAGUUCCUACACUAAGUUGUUGCUUUUCUCAAUUGGAGAUUCUUACCCUGCGGCUGCCAAUGCAUAAGCCACAUGAUAUUGCGCAGUCCAACUUUCCUAAGAUGCUUGAGUUGAAGAAGCUGACUGUACAUUACUCAGCAAAUCUCGAUGAAAGUCUUCUUGACCUAACGACAUUCAUGAGGAUAUCUCCUAACCUAGAAGAAUUUGUGUUAAUGAUUAAAUGGCCCUCAGUAUCUUCAUGGGGUAGCAGAGAAGUGAAGAAGGGGACACCAUUUCCACACCAACACAUUAAGGUGUUCAAGUAUAAAGGCUAUUAUGGCCACUGCAGUGAUUUGGAAUUAGUGAUGUUCAUUUUGGAAAACUGUGUUGGGCUUCAAGAAAUCAUGAUUGAUCCAGCCUUGCCGCUACCUUUUUUGCAUGAGCCACUAGAGCCCGAAGAGUUGGAGUACGAACAAGUUGGCAGAAGUAAUGCGAAGCAACAACUUGAACCAAUAAUCCCUCCCCACAUUACAUUGGUUAUCCGAUAGAUUCUUGUUAUUUUUAGAAGGGAAAACUGUCAAAUAGGUCCUCGAACUUUCAUAAAAAGGUCAAUUAAGUCUUUCUAUAGGAGGUUAUGUCCGGCCGUCGCGAUUUG